GAGAAGAACAAAAAUGGCUUCCCUUUCAUGCUUCCUUAUUCUUUUUGCUCUUUUUCUUCUUACACCCAAUUUUGUUUCCUCCUCCGUAGUUCAUGACCCUGAAUUAGUUGUACAAGAUGUUCAAAGAAGCAUCAAUGCCUCUAGAAGAAACUUGGGUUAUUUAUCAUGUGGAAGUGGAAACCCCAUUGAUGAUUGCUGGCGAUGUGACCCCAGUUGGGAGAACAAUCGACAAAGACUAGCUGAUUGUGCCAUUGGGUUUGGCAAGGAUGCCAUUGGUGGAAGAAAUGGUCAAAUCUAUGUUGUUACUGAUUCUGGUGAUGAUGAUCCAGUGAAUCCAAGACCAGGAACUUUAAGGUAUGCUGCUAUACAAGAUGAACCAUUGUGGAUUAUUUUCAAGAGAGAUAUGGUUAUUACUCUGAAGCAAGAGCUUUUAGUGAAUUCCUUCAAGACAAUUGAUGGAAGGGGUGCUAGUGUUCACAUUGCUAAUGGGGGAUGCAUUACCAUUCAUUAUGUUAGUAACAUCAUUAUCCAUGGCAUUCACAUACAUGAUUGUAAGCCCACUGGGAACACCAAUAUUAGAGACUCUCCACACCAUUCUGGCUUUUGGACUGUAUCAGACGGUGAUGGUGUGUCCAUCUUUAAUUCAAGGCAUAUAUGGGUUGAUCAUUGCUCAUUAUCUAAUUGCCGUGAUGGUCUCAUUGAUGCUAUACAUGGAUCCACAGCUAUCACCAUCUCCAACAACUACAUGACCCAUCAUGACAAAGUCAUGCUUUUGGGCCACAGUGACUCAUACACACAAGACAAGGACAUGCAGGUCACUAUAGCCUUCAAUCAUUUUGGAGAAGGCCUUGUCCAAAGAAUGCCAAGGUGUAGACAUGGGUAUUUUCAUGUGGUGAACAAUGACUACACUCAUUGGGAAAUGUAUGCAAUUGGUGGGAGUGCUAACCCAACAAUUAACAGCCAAGGGAAUAGGUUUCUUGCACCAGAUAUUAGAUUUAGCAAGGAGGUAACCAAGCAUGAGUAUGCUUCAGAGAAUGAAUGGAGGAGUUGGAAUUGGAGGUCAGAGGGUGACUUGUUCUUGAAUGGUGCAUUCUUCAGGCAAUCUGGUGCUGGUGCUUCUUCUACCUAUGCUAGGGCCUCAAGUCUUAGUGCAAGACCAUCUUCUCUUGUUGGUUCAAUGACCAUCACUGCUGGUGCACUUAGCUGCAGGAAGGGCACACGUUGCUGA